AUGGCGCGCGAGAAGCUCUCCGCGAAAAAGAAGCCCAGUAAGCCUGGCCAGAAUGCUACCGAAAAAGUGUCCGACGGCGACAUCGUGGCCGAUCGUUCCAUCGAGGCCCGGUUCAUCCUACAUGCGACACAAGACCUCGUCCAUGCCCUGGCGAUGUAUAACCUGCCAGAGGGACUACGAAACUUCAAUACCCUACUAAGCCAUCUGCGCAAUAUUCAUGGGUACCGAGGGAAGAUCGAAACUGGCGAUCUUAGCGAGGAGGACCUUACUGCACUGCGUGCCUAUCGCCGCCCCAGCAAGCAGCCUACCGGCAACAAGGGUAAAGCCAAGGGCACCGAGAACGAGAAGACCGAAGAGGAGGUCGAAGAGACUGACGAGGCGCAGCCUCCAUCCGAUUCUCAGUCCUUGUUCCAAGCUCGUCGACAACUUACCAACACCGCGGAAUUGGAUAGAAGCGUGACAACCCAACACCCGCCCGUCGUUCCUGAGUGGUGGGUCGCCGGUCCCGACGAUAAGAACGACGCCGAUGUGGGCGGUUCCUCCGGCAAGGAAGGGGGUCCGGCCAUGGGCUGCGCGUAG